AUCGUCCAUUUUUCCCGACACGCGCAAUGGAGAUAGAGCCAUCUUGUUCCAGAGUCCGACGUGGCGGCCGGACUGCCAGGCGACUUGCGAUUCGACAUGAUUUUAUCUGCUGUGCUAUCGCUAGUAUUGGUGGUGCUAUGUGCGCACUCUACAUUCUCAGAAGUCUCGCAGUCGACAAAUUCGUAUUUGUCGGUAGCUGAUAGAGUCCGUUUGAAGAGCAUACUUGAACCGGGAUUUCAGCUACAAGAUAUACCUGCGGUAUAUUAUGCUACCAAUGGAUACAAGCUCCUUGGAGAAGCUAUACCGAAAAUAGAUACUAUCUGCAAGUAUUUGAUAAAAUCCAAUGGAGAAAACAUCACACCUGAAACAGCAUUUUACCUUGUCUCUACAUGGAAAGCUAUCGGAGACUGUCAAGAGUUUCCCACAAAUGUUGUAACAAAGGUAUUGACUAAUGUUAUACAAAAGGAUGCUUCUACACUGUCUGAUCUGUAUUAUGCAGUGAGUGGCUUAACAGCUUUAUCACAAAAGAUACCUGCUGCCAGAAUUGAUAAGUUAGUGAAAUUAAUACAAGCUGCUUUACGGAAGGAUGACAGCCUGUGGAACUUGGGAUACACAUUCCAUAUUGCUGCGGACAUUGGUGCGCCAGCUGCUUUUGCUUUUGACCGUAUUGAGGAUGCUGUGGUACAGGCUGACGAAGUGGAUGGCCAAUAUUUGCAAUUUGAGGGCGGUCUUUCUAUUACGAGUUUCCUUGUCAAUGGUAUUUUUAAAUUGUCUACUUCAUUGAAAAAAAAGCCGCCACUAAACUUUCAGCAAACAGUUAAGUUCGGCAACUAUCUUCUCUCACGACGUUCUGUGCAAACUACGAAAGGCGUUGCAACCUUAUUGUCGGCUUUAACCACUUUGGUAGUUGACAGUCCCGAGAAGCCUGUUUGCAUAACUUUGGCCGAUGGAGGAAUUGUCAUCUCUAAUGAGCAACCAUUGGUCACGGUUAAAGUUUGUGAUAUUCUUGGUCAGGCACUGUUAACUGUGCCUAAGGUUGUUGCAAAUUCCGCCACGAGAGUGGGAGAUGAUGUUGUUAUUCUUAGCAAUGAGAAUUUGCAACCGUCUACAACAGACAAGACUCUGUUCAUGAUGAAUCUUAUGAAUGUAAAACCCGAUCGCGGUUUUUAUAAGAUAUCGAUAACCGCGGCUUCGGUCACGAACACGAUUACGGUAAAGGUCUUGUCUGAAGCGUUAUUAGACUACUUGGAAAUCGGAACAGGCGAUGCUGAUCAAACCACUCAGCCAAAACUUACAAGAGUAAAUACAGAGUCUCCCUCCGGCAAACUUGAACAUAAAAUAGAAGCCGAUUCGCAGCAGAAGCUAGUCAUGCGUUUUUUGUUGCGCGACUCAGCGAAUAAGAAACCGAUGCGCGUGCAUCAAGCCUUCGUACGCCUUACAUCCGUUUCUGCAUCCAUUAGUGAUAAGCGAGGUCACGAAAUCUUUUUCGUUGCCGAGCCCGACGCUGCUCAUGUUUAUAAAUUCGACAUGCCGGUUGGAACAGCAGCUGCAAAUUUUGGUCACCAGAGCGGAAACUAUAAUAUGGAAUUAAUUGUCGGCGAUGCCGUGAUCAAUAAUCCAUUCCGAUUCAACAUUGGUACGGUGACUCUGAAAUUUCCCGAGUUGACCUCGACGGAGGGUGCCGAUAAGAGUGCCUCUUACAAACAAAAGCCAAAUAUGUAUACUACUAAACCAGAAAUAAAGCACAUGUUUCGCGAGCCCGAACGCAGACCACCAGCGUUUGUAUCGAACUUGUUCACAGGCUUGUGCUUGGCACCAGUUCUACUAUUAUUGAUUUUAUGGGCUCGAUUGGGAAUCAAUAUCUCAAACUUCCCCUUGUCUCUCAGCGCGAUUACAUUCCAUCUUGGAUUAGGAGGAAUCUUUGUGUUGUUCGGCAUUUUCUGGUUGAAGCUCAAUAUGUUUGUCACGCUGCGAUAUUUACUGGGUUUUGGCGUUGUUACGUUCCUCGCUGGCAAUAAGAUGCUAUCUCAAAUAGCACACAGGCAUAAAUCGUCACGUUAAGUUAUAUUUAUAUGUAUAUCUAAGUGUUUGCAGUUGCAGUUUAAAGUGCAUAAUAAAUAUAAGACUGCCAUUAGCAAGCCCAAACGGCCAAUCAAACUCGUUGAAGUGGUAGAAACAUCGUUGAGUUGUUCUUUCACCUGUCAUAGAUGUACAUAAAUCAUAAAAUAUAUAUAAUCGUUUAUUUUAUUUUA